GAGCGUGGAGUCCUUGGAUGCUGUCACACAGGAGUGGUAGGAUUGAAGUGACUACGUUCCUAGGCCACCGGCUCUUCGGGGCUACGGAGGAGGAAGUGACAAGCGCAGGCCCCUCCCCUCCCGCUUUUCUCGGUGUGGCGCCGGCUAGUGACGUUGUGGGUGUGAUGGCCGCCGCGAGGCCGGGAAGGUGAAGUUGGGACAGGUGGAGUCAACACCCAUCAGUAGCCAACCUGAAUCAGGACAGAAGAGACCUCAAGUUCUUUUCAUCUUUUUGACUCCAGCCAUGUCCACGAUGCCCACCCUGUGAAGGUCUCUUAACCAGCUAAAAACUUCUCCUCUGCUCCAGCUGUGCCAGCAGACGCUCUCUGGACCUAUUUUGUUUUCUCUGCUAGGAGUUGCUGUGCAUAAAACUGGCGAGAUGUCCCUGCUCUUUUCUCGAUGCAACUCCAUCGUCACUGUCAAGAAGGAUAAGCGACACAUGGCUGAGGUGAAUGCGUCUCCACUCAAGCACUUUGUCACUGCCAAGAAAAAGAUCAAUGGCAUCUUUGAGCAGCUGGGAGCCUACAUCCAGGAGAGUGCCAGCUUCCUUGAAGACACCCACAGGAAUGCAGAACUGGACCCAGUUACCACAGAAGAGCAGGUCCUGGAUGUCAAAGGGUACCUGUCCAAGGUCAGGGGCAUCAGUGAGGUGCUGGCCAGGCGGCACAUGAAGGUGGCAUUUUUUGGCCGGACGAGCAAUGGGAAGAGCACCGUGAUCAAUGCCAUGCUCUGGGACAAAGUUCUGCCAUCUGGGAUUGGUCACACCACCAAUUGCUUCCUGCGGGUUGGGGGCACAGAUGGCCAUGAGGCUUUCCUCCUCACUGAGGGCUCGGAAGAGAAGAAGAGCGUCAAGACUGUGAACCAGCUGGCCCAUGCCCUCCAUCAGGAUGAGCAGCUGCAUGCAGGCAGCCUGGUGAGUGUGAUGUGGCCCAACUCCAAGUGUCCACUUCUGAAAGAUGACCUCGUGCUGAUGGACAGCCCUGGGAUCGAUGUCACCACGGAGCUGGACAGCUGGAUUGAUAAGUUUUGCCUGGAUGCUGAUGUGUUUGUGCUGGUGGCCAACUCAGAGUCCACGCUGAUGCAGACGGAGAAGCAGUUCUUCCACAAAGUGAGCGAGCGUCUCUCCCGGCCCAACAUCUUCAUCCUGAACAACCGCUGGGACGCGUCUGCCUCAGAGCCUGAGUACAUGGAGGAGGUGCGGCGGCAGCACAUGGAACGCUGCACCAGCUUUCUGGUGGAUGAGCUGGGCGUGGUGGAUCGAGCUCAGGCUGGGGACCGGAUCUUCUUCGUGUCUGCCAAGGAGGUGCUCAGUGCCAGGGUCCAGAAAGCCCAGGGCAUGCCAGAAGGAGGGGGCGCUCUUGCGGAAGGAUUUCAAGUGAGGAUGUUUGAAUUUCAGAAUUUUGAGAGGCGAUUUGAGGAGUGCAUUUCCCAGUCUGCAGUAAAGACCAAGUUUGAACAGCACACAGUACGGGCCAAGCAGAUUGCAGAGGCUGUUCGUCUCAUCAUGGAUUCCUUGCACAUUGCAGCUCAGGAGCAGCGGGUUUAUUGUCUGGAAAUGCGGGAAGAGCGGCAAGACAGGCUAAGGUUUAUUGACAAGCAGCUGGAGCUCUUGGCUCAAGACUAUAAGCUUCGAAUUAAGCAGAUGACAGAGGAAGUGGAAAGGCAGGUGUCCACAGCCAUGGCUGAAGAGAUCAGGCGCCUCUCUGUGCUGGUUGAUGAGUACCAGAUGGACUUCCACCCAUCCCCAGUUGUCCUCAAGGUUUAUAAGAAUGAACUGCACCGCCACAUAGAGGAAGGCCUGGGCCGGAACAUGUCUGACCGCUGCUCCACAGCCAUCGCCAGUUCACUGCAGACUAUGCAGCAGGACAUGAUAGAUGGCUUGAAGCCCCUUCUUCCUGUGUCUGUGCGCAAUCAGAUAGACAUGCUUGUCCCUCGCCAGUGCUUCUCCCUCAGCUAUGACCUGAACUGUGACAAGCUGUGCGCUGACUUUCAGGAGGACAUUGAGUUCCACUUCUCGCUUGGAUGGACUAUGUUGGUGAACAGGUUCCUGGGCCCCAAGAACAGCCGCCGGGCCUUGAUGGGCUACAGUGAUCAGGUUCAACGUCCUGUCCCUCUGACACCUGCCAACCCCAGUAUGCCCCCGCUGCCGCAGGGCUCCCUCACCCAGGAGGAGCUCAUGGUCUCCAUGGUUACUGGCCUGGCCUCUCUGACAUCCAGGACCUCCAUGGGCAUUCUCGUGGUCGGAGGAGUGGUGUGGAAAGCAGUGGGCUGGAGACUCAUUGCCCUCUCCUUUGGACUAUAUGGCCUCCUGUAUGUCUAUGAGCGGCUGACCUGGACCACCAAGGCCAAGGAGAGGGCUUUCAAGCGCCAGUUUGUGGAAUAUGCCAGUGAAAAGCUGCAGCUCAUUAUCAGUUACACUGGCUCUAACUGCAGCCAUCAAGUCCAGCAGGAAUUGUCAGGGACAUUUGCUCAUCUGUGCCAGCAAGUUGACAUCACCCGAGAUAAUCUGGAACAGGAAAUUGCUGCCAUGAACAAGAAAGUCGAGGCUCUGGAUUCACUUCAAAGCAAAGCCAAAUUGCUCAGGAAUAAAGCUGGCUGGCUAGACAGCGAACUCAACAUGUUCACACACCAGUACCUGCAGCCCAGCAGAUAGUGGGCAGCCAGGGCGGACCUGCACUGAGAAGAGGCAGGCCCAUGCCUCCCAUCAGCUCCAGUCCUUGGCCACUGCAGAGAGAAGGAAAGCACCCACUGUCUCGUACCAUUCUCAGCCCUUCAGCGCCAGUCACUCCCUACCCUGCAGGAAGACAGCUCGGCACCAAGGAGUCCUGCAUGCCUGUGUCUGCUCAUCAUGUGCAUUGGAUAAGGUCUCCUGAAAAUGGCACCCUGCAGAACGACUGUUGGGAGCCCUCACGGGCACCGGCAGACACUCCCACUUUCUCCAGCCUGAGCACAGCUGCAGAGAGAGACAAUGUUGGGGGUGACUGGCUCCCCAGAAGAAUUCAGGAUAGUUCUGGAACGGCCAAGUUUGUCUCAGAAGGACUUGUAUUUUGUGUUUGGCCCUCAGCUUUAGCACUUUCUCCCACUUGCAGAGUCGUUCAGUUGUGCUUGGUGGUCAGGCUCAGCACGCCCUGGCCUGUAGACUCAGGCAGCUCUUAUGGGAAGCUGGGGACCUCUGCCUGCUGGAGCAGAGGGGGAUGGCUCAGGAGGAGAACU